AUGCAGGUAAUAACAAGGACGCUUCUUAGAGUGUCUCCUUCUAAUAAAUAUGCUACUAGAUCGAAGUCACUAUCUCUAUCAAGGCAACGAAUUUUAGUUAUUUCACCCCCUUCUUCCCUCUUCUUCUUCUUUAGAUCACACACUCUCUCCACCUCCCACUUAUCCUCUUCUUACCAGCACUUCUCUCCUAUAGUUUCCUACACCGACACCAGCUCCAUCAUGUCUCCAGUUGAUGCCACCAUCUUUUGCAAUCUCUCAGAAAUCUCUUAUUGCCUUUCUUUCUUUCUUUCUUUCUUUCUUUCUUUCUUUCUUUCUUUCUUUCUUUCUAUCUUUCUUUCUUUCUUUUCCCGUUAUAUUAAUUAUAAGAUUCUUCUUUUUUAUCUAUCUUUUCUUUUUCUUUCUUUAUUUUGGCCUUAUAUAAUUUAUAACACUUUCUACUUCCUUUUCCCCCCACAUAUAACUCUUUCUAUUUUUUCUUUCUUUCUUUCUUUCUUUCUUUCUUUCUUUCUUUCUUUCUUUUCCCAUUCUUUCUUUUAUCUAUCUUUCUUUUUACUUCAUAUCAUUUGUAAAACUUCCUACCAUAUCUCGUGCUAUUUUACCCAAAAAUAUAACUCUCUCUUUCUUUCUUUCUUUCUUUCUUUCUUUCUUUCUUUCUUUCUUUUUUUCUUUUCCCAUAUAUUAAUUAAAAUCUCUUUCUUCCUUCAUAUCUAUCUAUCUAUCUAUCUAUCUAUCUAUCUAUCUAUCUAUCUAUCUAUCUGUUAUGCUACUUCUUUCUUUUCUAUCUAUCUAUCUAUCUAUCUAUCUAUCUAUCUAUCUAAUUCUGUCCAUGAUCUAUCUAUCUAUCUAUCUAUCUAUCUAUCUCAGUCUGUUCCCUCCUUCAUAUCUAUCUAUCUAUCUAUCUAUCUAAUUCUGUUCAUGAUCUAUCUAUCUCAGUCUGUUUCUUUCUUUAUGGCUAUUUCUUCUUUUCUAUCUAUCUAUCUAUCUAUCUAUCUAUCUAUCUAUCUAUCUAUCUAUCUAUCUAAUUCUGUUCAUGAUCUAUCUAUCUAUCUAUCUAUCUAUCUAUCUAUCUAUCUAUCUAUCUCAGUAACGGUUCCCUCCAAAUGUUUCUUUCCUUUUUUUCUUUUUAUUCCUCUUUCUUCCUUUCUACCCUUUCUUUUUUCUAAUUUAGUUUUUUUUUUCAUUCGCUCUUUUCUUUUUUCUUUAUUUCUCACUUAUUCGUUGUUUUUCUUGUUGGUUUCUAUUUUUCUUCUUUUUUUUUUCGUUCCAAUUUUUUUCCGUUUUUUACAUUCUACCCCAUUUUGUUUCUUAUCAAGUUUCUUAUCUCUUCUUUUUCUUUUUUCAAUUCAGUUUUAUUUAUUAAGUUUUUCUUUUCGUUUUCCUUCUUUUGCUUCAGUUUUUCUAUACUUCGUUCCUUUAAAACUUUUUCUCUUUCACGACGUUUCAGAUUUUUUUUGUUCUUUUUAUCAAUUUUUCCUUCAACUUCUUUUUAUAUUUUCCUCUUUUCGGUUUCUUUCACUCUCAUUUUUUUCCCCUUAUAUUUAUUUUUUCUUUCUCUAUAUCUACCUUUAUGUUUUUCCUUGA